UUAAGAGGGAGAGCGAGUUCUGCUGUGAGUGAGUGCACCAGCUCUUGUGUGUGUGUGUGAGCAUAACUGCUCCUGCACAGGGUAUAUAAGGAAUAUGAGAGCACAGCCUGGUCCUGAGGUUCAGAUCAUCACCUGCUCUGCUGCUUCUACAAUGAUUUUUGGGGCAGGAUGUACAAGGACGGUUAUGUUCAACUGGUAGAAAGUGAAGAGUCUCAGCAAGAUGUCUGCGAAGCUCAGCCAACCAUAAAAUAUUUGUCCUAUUCCACAGGGAAAUUUAAAAAUGGAGCAGUUGGACUCUGUAAUAUCGGUGUGACAAAUUGUCUAAACCCAUUGCUACAGAUGCUGUAUAUGUACAAAGAAUUUACUGAUGUACUGUGCCGAGUUGGGAAACCAGAUGACAAUGUACCCGCAGAGAAGAGGCUGCCGUAUGAACUAUUUGCCCUGUUUGAGGAAAUGCAAGAUAGUAAAGAAGAUGCUGUACCCCCAUACCGGGUCCUGCGCUGUCUCCAGAUGCUCAAAGUGAUGUCAUUUGUUCAGGUCGAUGUUGCAGAUGUCUUCACCUCCUUCUGGAAUCAUCUUCUCCAGAACAUUCCGGAUUCUGACCUGGAAGAAAAGCUGAGAUCGCUGUAUAAUAUCCCUCUGGAGGAACGUCUCACAUGCCAAAAAUGUCUUCACCAGCGCUCUUCCCACUGCGACCGUUUGAUCUUACCCCUCAGAGUUUCUUGCUCCAAAUAUCACAGAAAAUUGACUCUGGAGCGAAUGCUUUGGAGAUACUUCCGCUCCCAGGAGCUAUUUGAAGAUGAGAAUUUCUGCCCAACGUGUGGAAAAAACAGCAGAGCAAGUAAGGUCACCCACUUCCGUUCCCUGCCACGCACAUUAACCAUUCACCUGAAACGUCUCUGUAAAACGAGUUCACAGUUAGAGAAGAUAAAUAGAACAUUGUCCUUCCCUCCAGUUCUAGAUCUGCUUGAGGUCCUGAGCUCAGAACACUUUCCAGACAACGAGCAGAAAACGACACACUAUAAGUAUCGCCUCUUCGCGGUUAUUGCACAUUCCGGUACGGCGACUUUCGGUCACUUUAGUUCAUACAUCAACAGCUGCAAGGACGGCAGAUGGUAUUUCUUCAAUGACUCCUGUGUAUGUAAGGUGUCCUGGGAUGAUGUGAAAUGUACAUAUGGAAACGUGGCCUUUAACUGGGGGACUACAGCCAGCUUGCUCAUCUAUGUCCAUUCAGAUGUGGAGCUGAACUCUGUGACAUCGGAUUCCAAGUCCCCGCUGUAAUGUGAAUUAUUUACUGUAUGAUCUAUGAAUGUAUGCCUGAUACACACGGACAUAGCACA